AUGCCACAGCCUAUGUUUGGCGGAGUAGCCCAAACAGACAUCAGGACUGCAACAACAAAUGCAAGUCCGACCCUGAGCAGAGAACAGUUGGACAAAAUCUGCAAAGAUAUCCAAAGAAUCACUCAAAAUUUCGGAAUCAAAGAUCCGAAAACAUUUGCGCUCAACAAUUGUUCGUUAAUCAAAAUGUACUACUCACAAGUCACGUGUGAACAAAUCAACCAUGUUAUGGAAUACUGUGAACGAGGUGCUUUCCUUGCUUAA